CAAAUUCAUCUUAUAGAUGAACAAUCUAUGGAAUCAGAUGAUCAAGUUGGAGCUACAACCAUAAUGGGUACAACCUGUACAACUGAGGAAAAAACUCCUGAAUGCUCUAAAAAUUGGAGCAACGCUAACACGCUUCUACUAAUAGAUUUGUAUAAGAAAUAUGAACAAUCGUUUGAUACGGAUUUGAAAAAAAAUAUUUGGCAUAAAAUUACCAACGAUGUGAAUGUGAAAACUGGAGGUUUGCUAUCAGUUACAACUGUUGAAAAUAAAUGGAAAAGCCUCAAAAGAACUUAUCGCAGUUCGAAGAUUAAAAUGGAUAGAAGUGGUAGUCAGAAAAGAUAUAGGCAAUACUUUAAUGCUAUGGAUGAUAUUUUAGCUAAAAGGCCUGAAAUAACACCCCCAGCAAUAGUAAGCAGUUCAUUGGGAGUAGUAUCUCAGCAACCAGGUACUUCUGCUGAGUUGACUACAUCUGCAACUGAAUCAGAAAAUGUUGAAGAAUCCGAGGAAAAUUUUUUUAAAGGAAAAAUGCUUUGAAUGUCAACGACAGACAUCGGGAAAAAUUGGA